AACAUAAGUAACAAAACGUACAAAAAUCAUAUCCACUUCCCACACUUCACUCCCUCUCCUUCUCCUUCUUCUCAGACAUGAGCUCUACUCUCCUCUUCUCACUUCCAUCAAAGUUUUCAACUUUCUCCACCCCACUUCCUUCACUUUCAACACCAACCCUUUUCACCCUUUCCUUUUCCAAACUAAUUACCAACAACCCCAUUUUGUUUAAAGCCUCAAAAAGACCAGAUUUUAGAGUAUUUGCUGAUGAUGGAGAUGCUGAUGGAGGUGGUCCAGAUGACUAUGACAUGGAUGAAGAUGAAGUAGAAGAAGCAGACAAUAAAAAGGAUUUUGAUGUUGACUAUGAUACACUUUUUGGUAGGGGUGGUGAUGAAAUUGCAAUGGUGCAUAGUAGUAGUUUUGUGUUUACUCAAGGAUGGGAUUCUGAGAAGAUUGUGGAUUAUAGGAUUAAUGAAGAGGAGUUUCAUAAGAUUUGCCUUUUUGAUUGUGAUUUCUUUAUAAGAAAACCACCUGACCCUGAUAAUGAUGUUUAUGAUUUUCGUGAGAUGUAUGUUACACCUCCCGAUACUGAUAUAUAUGCCAUUCCCAGAGUUCUUGCACCAAUGCCUCAGAAGUAUAUCAGGUGUGCAAUGAGUGAUUAUGGGUGCUACAAUGUCACUGAGCCUCCCAUUGAUGCGCCUAGAGAUCCUAUGUAUAAAUCCGAGAGGGAAGUUAUGAAGGUAUUCUUGACAAAGCACUACAGGAACCGCAGGGCGGGUGAUCCAGAAUUUGCUCUUGAUUUUGAAGAAAUAUAUGUUAUUGAUUCAAAAACCAAAUCAAUCACGAGAGCCAAAGUAGUCGUGACAGUUCCUGGAGGAAGAAGCAGGGAUAGGAAGAAUGAUUUACUUGUCAUCCGUGAUAAUGGGAACUCAUUCAAAAUUAUACCAUCAGAGGAAAGAGAUGAUUUUACCACUGUGAUAGAGAAAGAAGAGUGGAAGAAGUCAAGGCAAGACAUGGAAAGACACCUUAGUAAGCUAAGGGACUUCAGUGUUUCAAAUUGGUUUUAGUUGGCCAAUAGAUAUUUCUCUGGUAACAUCUCGGAAAUGCCGGAAGAGCUAGACAGAUCGAAUACCCUAAUAGCUGAAGGAAGCGGCUUGGUUGAUGCAAAAAUGUUCAUGGUACUGAUAGAGGCAAUGGCUUCCAAAUUUCAGAAUCAUAAUCAUACAUUGUCUGUGCCUCCAUGGCUUGUGAAAAUGAUCAGUGGAAGAAGGUUUAGGGUUAGCUUAGAUAGAAAGUAAUGUAGCAAACAAAUUCAUAGUAUUUCCAGUAGAAGGAGAUGUGCAAACUUGAUCAGUAACAUUGUGCAAAGCAAUCAUGUUCGAAACAAAGAUGGUUGUGCAUUUUCUUUCCUAAUUAUGAAAGCUGGAAGCAUUGGGAAUACAGUGCAAUUGAAUUUGCUUUAAAAUUUUA